CGUCGGCCGGCCUCCUCCUCCUCCUCCUCCUCCUCCUCCACCCCUCUUUUUCAUGCACACACUCCCUUGCUACAGUCGCAGUUGUCUCUGCAAGUACUGACUGCUCCUUCCUACUCCACCACCCCCGCAGUCCCCAGCUCCUGGCCUCUCGGGCCGGCCGGCCUCGCUUUUGUUGCUGCAAAUCUUUGUUGCCUGCUGGCUGCUGCUAUCUAUACACCCCCACCGCACCGCACCUUCCAUUGCUCCUCCGAACACUCAAACACUCCUGCGCUCCUCAGCAGCAGGCAGGCAGCUGUUGCAUCACACUUCAGAUCGAUCCAGCCAGCCGCCGAAGCUCUCCCACAUUGCAUCCGAUUUGGCCUCGCUCGUUUGGCGCGCGGCGGCGAAAUUAGCGGCAGAUCCGGCACUCACUGUUGCUGCGCUCGCUACCACGCCUCGCCUGUCGCCCGCCGGAAAAAAAUGCCGGCGGAAUGAGAGGGAAGGAGCUAGAGGAAGCAACAGCCGCCCGAGUGAGCGCGCGCGUGUGCAAGGCAGGGUCCAGCUCCAGCUCCAGCUAGCUAGGCAGGCAUCAGGCAGCUGUAGCUAGCUAGGUAGCUAGGACUAGGAGUACCGGCGUCGAUCGGCAUGGACUGGGAUCUCAAGGCGCCGGGCGCGUGGGACCUGGCGGAGCUGGAGCACGAACAACACGCGGCUGCUACAGCGGCGGCGGCGGGGCCGUCGGGUGGCCACGCCAAUGCUGGCGUGGCGGGCACGGGGACGGGGUGCCGCCCGCCGCCGGGGGCAGGGGGAGCACCCGCCGAGUGCUCCGUGGACCUGAAGCUGGGCGGGCUGGGCGAGCCUGGCGCGGCGCCGCCGGCGCGCAGGGAGAGGGAGGCCGCGGCGGCGGCGGCUGCUGCUGCGGGAAAGGUGGCGUCGGCGUCGUCCGGCGCCGCGGCGGGGGCGAAGCGGCCGCGCCCUGGGGGGCAGCAUCAGCAGGGGCAGGGGCAGCAUCAGCAGCAGCAGUGCCCGUCGUGCGCGGUGGAAGGGUGCAAGGCGGACCUGAGCAAGUGCCGCGACUACCACCGGCGGCACAAGGUGUGCGAGGCGCACUCCAAGACCCCCGUCGUCGUCGUCGCCGGCCGCGAGAUGCGCUUCUGCCAGCAGUGCAGCAGGUUUCACUUACUUGCGGAGUUUGACGCCGACAAGCGCAGCUGUAGAAAGCGACUAGAUGGGCAUAAUCGCCGCCGCAGGAAGCCACAACCAGACACCAUGGCUUCUGCUAGCUUUAUCACAAGCCAACAAGGCACACGAUUCUCACCAUUUGCACCUCCAAGACUGGAGGCAAGCUGGCCGGGGGUGAUCAAAACCGAGGAGAGUCCAUAUUACACUCACCAAAUCCCUCUGGGAUCCAGCAGCAACAGGCAGCAGCAUUUCGUGGGAUCCACCACGCCUGCUUACGCCAAAGAAGGCCGUCGCUUCCCUUUCCUGCAGGAGGGCGAGAUAAGCUUUGCCACCGGCGUGGUGCUGGAGCCGCCGGCGUGCCAGCCGCUCCUCAAGACGGUAGCAGUAGCACCACCCGAGAGCAGCAGCAGCAGCAGCGCCGGCGGGGGCAACAAGAUGUUCUCCGACGGGCUGACUCGCGUGCUCGACUCGGAAUGUGCUCUCUCUCUUCUGUCAGCGCCAGCCAACUCCUCCGGCAUCGACGUCAGCAGGAUGGUCCGGCCGACUGAACACGUCCCCAUGGCUCAGCCCGUCGUCUCGGGCCUGCAGUUCGGCAGCUCGUCGUGGUUCUCGCCGCGCCCCCAGGCUUCCACGGGCGUGACGGCAGGUAGCGGGUUCCCCUCCUGCCCCGCCGUGGUGGAGGGCGAGCAGCAGCAGCUCAACACCGUGCUGAGCCCCCACGACAACGAGGUGAACUACGGCGGGAUGUUCCACGUCGGCGGCGGCAGCGGUGGUGGCGGCGAGGGCUCCUCGGACGGCGGCACCUCUUCGUCGAUGCCCUUCUCGUGGCAGUAGGAGUUGACGAGUUGUCAGCACUCAGCAGCAGCUGCGUUCUUGGAUCUUCGCGCUUCCGACGAUCUGGUAGAGAGCUAUUGGUUUUUAGUGAAUCACUGAUCAGCAUUGAUUUCUGUCUUUUCUGCAUUCGUUUUCUUGAAUCGGUUAGCAUUCGUGUGGACAUUUUUUGAGCAUAAUUCUGUGCUCGUUUUCCUAAAAUUAUCUUUGCUACCGUGGCACCUGCCGACUGCUGAUUGUAGCAUGUUGCUUCUCUUUGACUUGUCCUUGAGACGAGGGCAACACCUGUGAUGGAAUCGUAGCGCAUGCAUUUGAUUGAUGCAUGGCGCUUCUGGAAUUUCGGUUAGGCUCCGUUUGGAUCUUGGAAUUGAAUUCAUUGUAAUAAACUAUAGUUGUGGAA